CUCGUCCGCGCCACUAUAAGUUCGAAAUCGCGUCUCGUUUUCCUCUUCCCUGAUCCAAUCCCAUCUUGAAAACCCUAGAUCCCCAAGACAGUAGAUAGUCGAUGGGGAGACCAUCUAAUCAUGCUGGUGUCGUUGAUGAAAACGAGUGGCGGAAGCGUGAGGAGAGGAAAAACAUGCUGGCUUGGAUCGAGGACAUGGAAAAUACCAUGGGGAGAUACAAGACACCACCGCCAACGGAAAUCGUUCUGUACCCAGAUCUCAUGGAUAGAGCAUGGGGAUGGAGCAGGCUGGUGAUCUAUGAGGUGUCAGAUACUAUUGUUGAGUGGCCCACUUUUAUGCAAUAUCUAAAGGAGUAUUUCAAUCGAAAUGUUGCUUUUCUUUGCACCAGGAGUCAAGAAGCUGCCCGUUACUGUCUCAAGAUGGAGAGGAGGUAUCGCAUGAUUCAUGCAAAAGAUCUCAGUGCUGAAGACAUAACCUUGAGCGACAGUAUCCAGGAGCGAGCAAUCUGUGUUUUCAACUCAGGGGUUAAAUCGGUUGCUGCAACUGCUGGAUUGAUGUGUAUGCCGGAGGAGGCCAAGCUGAUGUCUGACUUGCAAAGAGAUCAUUUCAAGCACAUAUCCGUCUUUUCGAGCUAUAUCCGGCAGAGUGCCCUGCAUCUUACGCACUACCAAGGGUCUGAAUCUGAUGUCAUUGCUGCUUCCCUUCUGGGUACGAUGAAGGAGACUAUCUCUGUGCGUAGGUUGAUGAAUCGAGGGAACACCGACAUCGGUGUAGAAGAAUUAGAGUGUGGAUUUAUCCGAGAGGCUGUUGUUCCACUUCUAGAAAAACUUGAAAAUUUCUUUGCUCGUGAAAUUGCUGGUACAGUGGAUGAGCAUGCCAGUUCGCUUAGAGGGGAUAACAGUAGUGUUGAGGGAUUCAAAGCUGAGAAAUCGGAGAAGCCUAUAAGAGACAGCACUGUGGUGGAGUUGAAACCCAAUGCAAAUGAAAAGCCAAAGGAUACAAAUGAACGUUGUGCAAAGAACAAGCUUGGAAAUGGAAAGAGGAAGAGGAAGAGGAAGAGAUCAAGAAGACCUAAUUCCUUUUGUUGCUUAUAAGGAAGUUUUAAUUCCUUUUUUGUUGCCGAAUUGCUGUGAACUGUUGACAUAGCUUUGGCAGACAUCUAAGCUAUCCAUUGUUAGUGCAACUUAAUUAAAUGGCCCUUUUCUAAUUAAUGUGAUAAUUAGCUUA